AACCAGCGUUGACAAAAAAAAAAUAGUAACAAAAACAAAAUGAAUUCCGAUGAGAAUUCUGGCGAUAUCCCUCCAUUGUCGACAACGGAGGAUUCAUCACCACCACCACCACCACCACCAUCACCACCAUCAUCAGUCCUAAUCCCAAAUCUUCCAAACGAAGUUUCACGAACAAUCCUUUCAAUGAUUCCUUACGCACAUCACGCUCGUCUGAAAUCAAUUUCCAAAUCAUGGAAAUCUGCACUUUCAUCAAAAUCAUUUCUCAACAAUCUCUUACUUCAUAACCGCAACAGUGUUAUUUGUAUUUUCCCUCAAGAUCCUUCAAUUUCCACGCCGUAUCUCUUCGACGUUAACGCCGUUGCGUGGUGUCCACUUCCUCCUAUGCCGUGUAACCCUCACGUUUACGGUUUGUGUAACUUCGCCGCCGUUCCGUUUGGUUCUCAUGUUUACAUCAUCGGUGGAUCGGUUUUCGAUACUCGCUCUUUUCCGAUUAAUCGUCCUUCGUCUUCCUCGUUGGUGUUUCGUUUCAAUUUUCGUGAUUUUUCGUGGGAGAAUCGUGCUUCCAUGAUUUCACCUCGUGGAAGUUUCGCUUAUGCGGUGAUUUCGAAUCCGGGUGAGAUUGUGGUUGCCGGAGGUGGAUCCCGGCAUUUGGUAUUUGGAGCGGCGGGAUCGAGGAUUAGGGCGGUGGAGCGUUACGAUGUGGAGGAGGAUCGGUGGGAGGAAAUGGAUCCGUUGCCGUGUUUUCGUGCCGGGUGUGUUGGAUUUGUGGAGAGGGGAGAGAGGGAGUUUAGGGUGGUUGGUGGUUAUAGUGGUUCCAUGACGGUUUCGGGGGUGUUUCCGGUGGAUGAGUAUUGUAGAGAUGCGGUGGUGAUGGGAUUGGAGGAUGGUUUGUGGCGUGAGGUUGGAGAUGUGUGGGGCGAUGGGGAGAAUGUUAGGGCUGGGAAGAUUGUUGUUGGUGAUGAUGAUUGUGGUUCUCCUUUGGUUUUCAUGCUUGAUGUCAACGAGAUUUUCAGAUAUGAAAUGUCCUCAAAUCGUUGGGUAUACGAGACUUGUGUGCCAAAAAGACCUCCCCGUGGUUCAGCCUUUGGUGUUGUUGUAGUAGCUGGCGAGCUGUAUGUAUUGACACAUUUAUAUGAUGAUGAUUUCACAGAAAGUCGAAGGUCCAGAUCCUAUAAGAAGACAGGAACAAUGUGCUUUCAAAUCUAUAAUCCGAAAAGGAAGGCAUGGAGAACAAUGGUCACAAAAUCGCCUUUCACUCGCCGUGUAGAUAUUACUAGUGCUGUAUUGAGCACAAUUGGUCUGUGAAUUGUGGUACAUCUUAUUUUUAUAGUUUAGGCAUCUCUGCCAAAUUCAUUGUGCAGCACUUCAUUUGACCACCGGGUUCCAUGUAGGUGGCUUAUAUUUGUAUAUUUCUGUGUUUAGUACAUCUCUUGACUUGAUCAGGAUAUAUAGUUCAUUUUGUAUUAGCUGAUACCGUAUAAAUAUGCAUAUUGAUCAGCUAUUAUUGAAGCGUGUUAAACCUGAAGUACUGAAAAUGAAUAUAUUGUAAUGGAUGGAUAUAUAAAUAAUUGUGACUUGUAAAUUGUUACUUUA